AAUCUCCAAACUCCUUUUUAUCACAUGGUGUGUUUGUAUUAUAUAAAUGUAAGUUUCAGUUAGAAUUAAUCAUAUCCCUUUAGCUAACCACAUGGAGAAACCAAACAUCAAAUCUUCUCAAAAGCUUGUGAAGAGCAAUUCACAAUCUCCAAUCCAAUCUCCUGGAAGAGUAACAAGAUCAAGUUCUCCUCGAUAUCAAUUGAUGAAGAACAAUAAUGUGUUGAGAGAUGAGCCAAAAGAGAGAGCAGUUGACAAAAACAAGGCUCAACAAAAGUCACUAGCAAAGGAUAACGCAAAACAAGUGGAGAUCAAACUUCAUACUCAACAAAGAGCCAGGAGCCGUGCAUUAUUCAAUUACUCUAUGGCAACCAAGUUUUACUUCAUACAGCAACAGAAGAAAACAGUAGAGAAGGUACAAAAGAUGAUAGAGGAAGAAGAAGUUCGUAUGCUAAGAAAAGAAAUGAUACCAAGAGCUCAAUUGAUGCCAAUUUUUGAUAAGCCCUUCCUUCCACAAAGAUCAACAAGGCCUUUGACUAUUCCAAGAGAACCAAGUUUCAUGUUGAAGGACAAAUGCUCUAGCUGCAUGGACUUCUCAAUUUUCAGCACAAUGAAGCAAGUCAAGUGAUAUAUCUUGAUUCUUGAAGGCACAGUGAAGCUUAGUUUCACAAUUGUCAUUUUUGUCUAUUGUAUAUAUAUGUUCUGUACUACUAGUUUUUGUUUUUUGACAUCUUCUAACUUUCAUUGUUGAAUAAAAAUUAAAUGCGGUUUGUUUGUGAUA